CACAAAUUCGGGGAUAUGGCCCAUCAUAUCCAGAACCUCAGAUGGUGUGGCAAUCGCUCGCCGCUGCCAAACAACACUUCCUUAAAACAUAGAUAAUUAGAUGGAAUGGAACCCUCUCUCAGUCUCAGUUUCAGAGCCUAAACCAGAAAUCAGGAACGAAAAAUGGAAGCUUGCCCACUGCAUUCUUCCGCCAUUUCCAACACCACCACCUCCUUAAACAAGAUCACUGCCGCCAAAACUUCACUCCACCUCGCUCACCCCAUCAUCACUCUUCCAAAUUUCAACAAGUACCCUCAUCCCAGUAAGCUCAGAAUCCUCCACAGCAAAGCUCAAGCUUCAGGUACCACGCGGAUCAGCGCUGUGGGAGCUGAAGCAAGCAGUGAGGGAGAUGGGAAAGAUGAGAAUGUUGCUUUUGUAGCAGGUGCUACCGGUAAAGUUGGCUCUCGGACAGUAAGGGAACUAAUCAAAUUGGGGUUCCAAGUUAGAGCUGGUGUUAGGAGUGCUCAGAGAGCUCAAAAUCUCGUCCAGGGAAGUCCUAUUGUAACAGGUGUUAAUUAUCUGGUCUUUAGCCCAGCCAUAGAAAGACUUGAACUGGUAGAAUGUGAUUUGGAGAAGCCAGCUCAGAUUUUACCGGCAUUAGGCAAUGCCUCUGUGGUUCUGUGCUGCAUUGGUGCGAGCGAGAAGGAGGUCCUUGAUAUUACUGGGCCCUACCGGAUUGAUUUCCAAGCUACUAAGAACCUCAUUGAUGCAGCAACCGCAGCAAAAGUUGAUCACUUUAUCAUGGUUUCAUCAUUGGGAACGAACAAAAUAGGAUUCCCAGCUGCAAUCCUGAAUUUGUUCUGGGGGGUCCUGGUCUGGAAGAGGAAGGCAGAAGAAGCACUAAUAGCUAGUGGCCUUCCAUACACUAUAGUGAGACCGGGUGGCAUGGAGCGGCCAACUGAUUCUUACAAGGCGACUCAUAACGUUACGCUUUCGACUGAAGACACGUUAUUUGGGGGUCAGGUCUCAAAUCUUCAGGUGGCAGAACUGAUAGCAUUUAUGGCCAGAAACCAGGGGACUUCUUAUUGUAAAGUGGUGGAAGUAAUUGCAGAAACAACUGCACCACUGACUCCUUUCGAUAAGCUUCUCGAAAAGAUACCAUCUCAACGAGUUAAACCAAAGAAACCAGAUGUAGCUGUUAUAUCUAAGCCUUCACCUCCAGCGCCAGACAAGGUGGCGACUGAGGUGUCUACUUCUCCUCCAGAAGUGAAAGUUCCAGAACCAGUGGCUGCACAGACAAGGCCACUCUCACCUUACUCCGCGUAAGCCCAUUUGUCGAGCAUCCAAGUUGCAUAGGCUAACUCCAAGCUUCUAGCUUGAUGUUUUUACAAACAUCAGGACAUGGUGUGAAGUUUGUCCUAGUUUAAAUUCUAUUCAGCCAAAAUACCUCCGUAACGUUCCAAUUUCUUACCAUUUGGACGAGAAGGCCUAAUUUUUGGAUAUGUGAAUAUUAGCCACGAUCAUCCUGAUGAUCUAAGCUAUGAGGAUUUGAAGCCGCCUACAACUCCUACUCCAAGUCCUCCUAGUAUCCAGCAGAAGGCUCCAUCUGCAACCAUUGCUGGUCCAGAAUCUCCCUCACCAGUAGAAGUAAAAAAACCAAGCAUCCUUUCUCCAUAUGCUGCGUAUGAGGACUUGAAACCACCAACCUCCCCUAGCCCAACACCACCAAGCUUCCCGCCCAAACCAUCUGAAGCUGCAUUGCCAGUUGAACCAUUGACAACACCAGAGGGCAAUGAUGUAGCAGCAGUGAUUGCUUCUAGUAUCAACUCUUAUCGUUCACCAUACUAUGUAUAUGAUGACUUCAAGCCACCCGCAUCACCAUCCCCAACCCCACCGUCUUCUACGAAUGGAGGAGCAGCAAUUGGCAAUGGCCCUGUAAUAUCUCCAACAUCUGUAGCAAAGGUUGAAGAAGAGCAGAAGGAGGAGCUUCAUAAGGAAGUAGUAACAGCAAGACCGCUUUCUCCUUACGCCAUGUAUGAAGAUUUGAAGCCUCCAACUUCUCCAUCUCCAACCAAACCGGUGAUGAAAUGAUAAGAGCUUAAUGUUACUACAGCUGCUGCGGUCACCACCGUUGUCACUGCCGGAGUUUUCACUUUUCUCUCUCAACAGAACUUCUAUUUUUUCACUCCUUCCAAAGUUACCUAAAGGUGUUUCUUGUUACUCCUUUUGGUAUAUGUAAUACCAUAGUAGUUGCUUCUGAACACUGAACCUUUCUAAGGAGAAGUAACGUCAUUAACAGAAGAAUCUCUUCUGUGAGUACAUAACUGGUUUAAUUUUGAGGGCCAAACAGGAAAAUCCAUUUUUCGUGUAAAAGGUCAGGCCACAUUGCACCCUAGCUUGUAUUAUUAAUCAAUCUGAAUUCUAAAAUACCAGCCGCAUCAAGAUUAGCCAAUAGGUGAAAAUAGAGUUCGGAGAGUAAAAAAACAUGUAGUCCUAGCCAUGUCUCAUGCUCG